ACUCCUAUAUCUGCUUCAGAAUGAUGUAGAUUAUCAGGCAGACACAUUUUCUGCCUCUCUAAGCUUCCGUUUCCUCUCAUUUUACCAUGAAGUGAGACAGAAACCAUGACAGAAUUCUUUCAAACAACUUCUUCUUGACACUUAAAUCGCAGUUGCUGCUUCUGAAGGGGUGGAUGUCCAGACUGGAUGAACAUGGCAAGUGGAGGAAGCACUGGUUUGUUCUGGGUGAUACUUCACUGAGGUACUACAGAGACUCUGAGGCUGAGGAGGUAGGACCUGAUGUUUGACUGUCUUAAAUCAUCGGAUGAUCUGGAUGGAGAGAUUGACCUGACAUCCUGUGUGAAUGUGUCUGACUGUGAUGUAGAGAGGAACUAUGGACUCCAAAUACAAACAAAGAGAGCAGUGUUCACUCUCUCCGCUGUAACAUCUAGAAUACGGAGAAACUGGGUAAAGUUACUAAAGCAGGCGAUCCAGAAGAACACACACCAAUCAGAUACCGGCAGCGAGAAAGAGAACCCCCUCUCCCGGAGACCGUCACCAUGCCAACCUUCUGCUCAGUUCACCUGCGACGACUCCGGCCGUGAGCCAUCCACUGCCUCCUAUACCACAACAGCUGCUAACUCUCAUCGGGCUGACCGCAACCACGGCCGCCAAACAGCAGACGGAGACCCGGACGCAGAUCUAUCUCCAGCCAGUCAAAGAGAGGAGGGGGAGGGCUGGGACCGUGAACAAGCGAAGCGAUUGGAGGAGAGGAACAAGUGGUUUGAGGAAGGGGUUCCCCUCAGCGAAAUGGGCAGCAGGUGGGACUCCAUGGAGCUGAAAAGGGGGAGUGUACCUGUGCCUGUUAUUGACACCAUGGAUUCAGAGGUCAGCCAGAAGUGGGCAGAGUUUGAGACAAUGUCGUUUAGGGACAUGAGCGCGCAGUCUCUCAUUGGAGCCAAAACCUAUCAAUCAAGCACACCACAGGAAGCACAGACUCUGAGUAACUCUCAGACCAAUCAAUCAAGCCCAGAGGAGGCCAAACAGUCCAUCACUGUAUCAGACAAUGAUUUAUCAGGCUCAUCUGUAAAUGGAGCCCAAAGCAUUCAAACAAAUACAGCUGAAGCACUUCAGAAGGAGGCUCUCUCUCUUCGAAAGCAGGUGGAGAGCAUAAAGAAGGAGCGUGCAGCCAUGGGGAUAGAGGUGGACAGCCCAUGUGGCCCCGGGGCUCCCUGUAGAGCAAGACUAAAAGCCAUGGAAGAUGCCCAUCGGAAAGCACUGCAGGAGUUACAGGAGAAACAUGCAAAGGAGAUCAGAGAGUUAGAGGAGCAGAGAGACAGGAUGCUGCAGGAGGAGAGACAGGCUGCUUCUAAAGCUAUGGAGGCAUUAAAGGCAUCUCACAGAGCGGAGCUGGAGAGAGAGCUGGAGAAAGGGAGCAGACUGGCUGGAGGAGCUGCACACAUAGGAACUCAAUCCAAAGGCUACAUGCCCCCGGCAGACGUCUUGCACAGUGAGUUAGAUGUGCUGUCAGAGAGAUACUCUCAGACAUGCCUGCAGCUGAACCACACAGAGCAGAGCGGCAAGGGCCGAGAGAAUGUGCUCCAUCACAAAGAGAGAGAGCUGGAGCAGCUCAGGAGAGAAAACCAGGAGCUAAAAGCCAAGCUGGCAGAAGAGAUCAGCCGCAUGCGUUAUUUCAUCACAGGCCAGAGGUUGGACACGUUAUCUCUUGCUACCACCGAGCACUCAGCAUCUGAAAUAGAGGUAUUACUAAGAGCAAAAGAUAAUGAGGUACAGUCUCUAAAGAAAGAAAUCAGCUGUCUCCAGAAUGAAGUUCAGUCUCUUGCCAAGGAGAAAGAUGCAGCUUGUGAGCGCUACAAGAAGGCCUAUGUAGAGCUAAGUGAACUGAGGGGUCGCAGCCAGCUGGAGAUGGGCUCACUCAACACACAUUUGAGACUUGCAAAUGCUGCACUUCAGGAGGAAGCAAGACAAACCUGAACAAUGAGGACAGCGAUCAAAAAAUGUCCUUAAAGACCAAGGGCAGCAAGCAAGAAAUCUCUACAAGAAUAUCAUUACAGUGCAAUAAUAGUUAGACCUCUUCUGACUAAAUAAGACCAAAAAGAGCCAGAAAAACAAAUCAUAAAGGCUGUGGUGUGUUUGGAGAUCAUGGUGCA